ACCCAGCUGUUAACAGCGAGCAAUGGACCAUGCAACCGGUGCCAUGGGCAGCCUAAUCCUCAAGCUUGGCGAACUCCUCAAGGAGGAGUACAACCUGCAGAGAAGCGUCAAGGAAGGUGUCCAGUAUCUUGAGAGAGAGCUGAAGAGCAUGCAAGCUGCCCUCUGCAAGGUCGGGGAUGUGCCACGGGACCAGCUCGACGAGCAGGUCAAGCUCUGGGCCAACGAGGUCAGAGACCUUUCAUAUGGAAUGGAGGAUAUCAUCGACAAGUUCAUGGUACGUGUUGAGGGCCCUGAGCCUGAUGACAAACAACACAAGCUCAAACAGCUCAUGAAGAAGAUGGGCGAUUUGUUCACGAAGGGCAAGACACGCCAUUGUAUCGGAAAAGAGAUCAAACGCAUCAAAGCCGGCAUCCAGGAGGUGGCUGAUCAGCGUGAUAGAUACAGGGUCCACGAGAUCAAUGACGUGGUUGCUAAUCCAACUGGUGCAACCACGGUCGACCCUCGCCUGUUGGCUCUCUACAAGGAUAGGAAAGAGCUUGUUGGCAUUGAUGAUUCAUUGAGUGAGCUAACCAAGAUGCUGAGCAUCGAGGAUGGUGAUGUGUCCAAGCAACUCAAGAUACUCUCUGUUUUCGGAUUUGGAGGUCUUGGCAAGACAACUCUUGCCAAAGCAGUGUAUGAUAUGCUCAAAGCGCAGUUUGAUUGCAGCGCUUUUGUUCCAGUAGGACGGAACCCUAGCAUGAAGAAACUUUUCAAUGACAUUCUCUUUGGAAUUGACAAGCAAAAACAUCAGGAUUCUAUUUUAUCAUCGUGGGAUGAAAGGCAGCUGAUCGACGAACUCCAAGUAUUACUGGAGAACAAGAGGUAUGCACCCUAUUAUGUAAAGUAGUGAUUUAAGUGCUCUUAAAUUUCUUUACGGAGAGAGUAGUUUCAUAUAGUUUAAGUAGCAAUAAGAAAAUUUAUCGGAGUGAAUGGAAGGCAGCUGAUUGAUGAACUGAACUCCGAGAAAAAGAGGGAAAAAAUGGGAAAACAUAGUGUCAUAUACGUCAAGUAGUAAAUGGGAUAAAAAAACUGCGAAACUUUAGCGGGUCGAAUGAAAGGCAGCUGAUCGAUGACACCUAUUAUGUCAUAUAGGUAGUAAGUGGGAAAAUAGCGUCAAGCCCUAGAAAAACUGAGUUAGGGAUGAGUGGAAAAUUCUAUUUGAGAUAUUUUACAUGGCGGGUUUGCAUGGCCUAUGGUCGUUCUUGUAUAUUUUACAAAAGACUGUAUUUUUUGUCGGGAAUAAUGCAUAAUAUUAAGUUUUCCUACCUUCUUUAGGUUGGGACUUACCUUUGAACGUUCGUCCACGUUCAUAUAUUAUAGAACUUCCUCUUAGUAGAUGCCAAUUCCAAAAAAAAAACUAAUUAAUUAAAGUAUAUAGACGUGGAAAUUUUGUCAAUAAAAAAUAUAGUUAUGAACGAUGAAAUGGAAUCAAACUCUACUGGUGGUGUGGCUCUCUCCUGUGCAGUGGUGGAGCGUGAAGCAAAUUUUAGGAGGGGCGAGAUGAGUGUAUGACAUAGAGAAAGAUAUGGUAGUCAGAGACGCCGGAGAAUUAGCAUAGCGAUUAAUAGAAAUACAAGCCUAUUUGGCAAAAAAAAAAUCUAGGAAGGGGCUGCCAGGGCCCGGAUUAGGGCAUGUACAAUGGUUGAUAAGAUAGUCUUAUCUUAAGUCU